AUGUCGGCCUCCUAUGGGACAGGCAUUAUACAUAACGGAUACAUAACCUUACCCUGCAGAAAAGGUGGUACUUACGUCACAGAGCUUUAUGAAUGGUUCAGGAAGUUCCUGAAUGAAUGCCCCAGUGGACUGAUCACCCUCCAUGAGUUCAGAUGUCACUUCUGCAAUGGAACCGUGGGAAAAGAGUCAGCGGAGUAUGCAGAGCAGAUAUUCCGCACACUAGAUAACAAUGGGGAUGGAGUUGUGGACUUCAGAGAAUAUGUGACAGCUAUCAGCAUGUUGAUUGAGGGCACGACAGUGGAGAAGCUGCGCUGGUCCUUCAAACUCUAUGAUAAAGACAAAGAUGGAGCCAUCACACGCUCAGAGAUGCUUGAAAUCAUGCAGGCUGUGUACAAGAUGAGCGUUGCAGCAUCACUGACCAAACCUGAUCCACUGACUGCUGAAGAAUGCACCAGUAGGAUAUUUGUACGGCUGGACAAAGAUAACAAUGUCAUGAUCAGUCAAGAGGAAUUCAUUGAAGGCGCGCUGAAUGACGAAUGGAUCAGAGAGAUGUUGGAGUGUGAUCCAAACACAGUGAAGAUGGAGAGGUCUCUCAAAGGCCAUGCAGUACUAUAA